AUGCAUGUACUAGCCCCAUUGCCAAUUGGAUUUUCCGUGUUCAUGGUUCAUUUAGCCACAAUCCCAAUUACUGGAACCGGAAUUAACCCGGCUAGGAGUUUUGGAGCUGCCGUGGUCUACAACAGUCAAAAGGCUUGGGAUGAUCAGUGGAUCUUCUGGGUCGGUCCGUUUGUGGGUGCAGCCAUUGCAGCUUUCUACCAUCAGUUUGUGUUGAGAGCUGGUGCUAUGAAGGCAUAUGGGUCAGUCAGGAGCCAGCUUCACGAACUUCACGCUUGA